CACCGGAGUCCAGCUGCUCAAAUCUCUGCAAGAACUUCAGCUAAAAAGCAUGCAUCUCCAUCCUCUGUCCCCCUCUUGCCUGCUCCUCCUCCUCCUGGUUGCCGGGGCAGCGGAGGUGUGCGUUGCCCUGACAACCACACUUCACGGUUUCCGAGGCUGCGCCGUGCGAGAGUUCUCCUUUGUGGCCCAGAAGCCGGGCUGCAAGGGACUGCACAUCAGCACAGAGGCUUGCUGGGGACGUUGUCACACCUGGGAGAAACCUGUGCCGGAUCCCCCCUACAUCCACCGACACCACCGUGUGUGUACGUACAGUCGUAUCCGUCACAUGACCGCCCGCCUGCCGGGCUGCCAGCCCAACAUCUCCCCUCUCUACCACUACCCCAUGGCUCUGCACUGCCACUGUGCCGUGUGCUCCACACAGGACAUGGAGUGUGAGACCUUCUGA